AUGGCGGAUUUCAAAGGCAAGGAGAUUCCAAUCUGUUAUGCCUCGUGCUCCAUAGGCCACGACAAUUCUAAGCAUACGCUUCCGGCCAAGUUGAAGACUCUUGCCGCUGCUGGAUUUGACGCCAUCGAGCUUUCAAUGCCCGACAUCCUCACGUACGGUCAAGAGAUCUCCGAGAGCAAGGCCGAGAUUGAUCCAAAGGAUUACAAAACGCUUCGGUCCGUCGCAGCAGAGAUCGCAAAACUGUGCGAGAAAGAAGGCCUGAAGGUCUUGAUGUUGCAGCCAUUUGCCAACUUUGAGGGUUGGCCCAAAGGUAGCGAGGAAAGAAAAGAUGCUUUCGACCGGGCCAAAGGAUGGAUGAGCAUAAUGGAGGCAGCUGGCACAGAUAUGCUUCAGAUUGGGUCAUCCGAUGCUGAGGGCAUCUCAUCUAGCUUUGACGACCUGGCAUCCGACCUGACAGAGCUUGCAGAUAUUUUUGCCGAGAAAGGGCUUCGGAUUGCAUACGAAAACUGGUGCUGGGCCACUCACGCUCCGGCGUGGAAGGAUGUCUGGGAAAUCGUCAAAAAGGCCGACCGACCCAAUCUGGGGUUGUGCCUCGACACUUUCCAGAGCGCAGGAGGAGAAUGGGGCAGCCCGACGACGAAAUCUGGACGGAUUGAAGACGUCAGCACAGAAGAGUUGGACAAGAGAUGGAAGAGCAGCUGUGAAGAGCUCUCGAAGACAGUCCCUGCGAACAAGAUAUUCUUGCUGCAAAUCUCAGACGCAUACAGGAUGGAGCCGCCGUUGGACGACAAAGCAGACGACAGCGGGCUGAGGCCUAGGGGGCAGUGGAGCCACGAUUAUCGGCCGCUGCCAUACGAUGGUGGGUAUUUGCCCGUGGAAGACUUCACCAGGGCUGUGUUCAAGACGGGGUUCAGAAGCUGGGUGUCAGUGGAAGUAUUCGAUGGCAAGGGCCCGGAGAAGUAUGGGGACGACAUGGGACCUUUUGCAAAGAAGGCCUUUGAGUCGGUGCACGCAUUGUUGAGGCGGGUCGGAGAAGCCGAUUGA